CUCUGCGCGCGCCGCGCCGGCUUCGCCGCCGCCGGAGCCCGACUUCAGCCUGCUGAUCAGCGUCCUCACCAUGCCGAACCGGCGUGAGCGCCGGGACAUCGUGCGGAUGGCCUACGCGCUGCAGCCGCCGGCGGCGCGCGCGCGCGUGGACGUCCGCUUCGUGUUCUGCAGCGUGACCGACCCCGUGGACGCGGCGCUGGUGGCGGUGGAGGCCCGGCGGCACGGCGACGUCGUGGUGCUGGACUGCGCCGAGAACAUGAACGACGGCAAGACGUACGCGUACCUCUCCUCGGCGCCGCGGCUCUUCGCGGCGGCGCCCUACGACUACGUGAUGAAGACCGACGACGACACGUACCUGCGGGUGGCGGCGCUCGCCGACGAGCUCCGGGGCAAGCCCCGCGAGGACGUGUACCUGGGCUACGGCUACGCCAUGGGCGGGCAGCCGAUGCCGUUCAUGCACGGCAUGGGGUACGUGGUGUCGUGGGACGUCGCGAGCUGGGUGGCCGGCGCCGACGAGAUCCUGGCGCGCAACGACACGCUGGGCCCCGAGGACCUCAUGGUCGGCAAGUGGCUCAACCUCGCCGGCAGGGGGAGGAACCGCUACGACCUCAAGCCCCGGAUGUACGACCUCAACUGGGACAUGGACAACUUCCGGCCGGACACCGUCGCCGUGCACAUGCUCAAGGACAACCGCCGGUGGGCGGCGGCGUCCAGGUACUUCAACGUCACCGCCGGGAUCGAGCGGCCCUCCGACCUGCACCACCUCCCGUGAUCCAUCGACCUGCAGCAACAACCUCGAUUCUUUCCUUUUCGUGUUAAUUAAUAAUAAUUCAUUCGCACACCCAAUUGUUAAUUGUUUGGUGAGUGUUCGUGCACACAAGUUGUGCGGGGCACGGAUGGACCAUGGGGGGAGUAGUGGGGGAGCAUGACUGCAUGAGCAUCUGCGUCGAGACGUGUCGUGUCAUGUGGGCCGACGACGGCGAGUUCGUUGACGCGCUCAGGACAGGAGAACGCCGUGCACGUCGGAACCGUCUCGUGCGUCGCUCUCAAUUCGGAAGCUUCUUUAUUUCUGCGCCGUGCUCCAUCGAUUGGCCCCGUGACGUGACAUCCUUCGUUGCCGCUGAUUCUUCGACACGCCAUGGAGCUUCGAAGAGAGCGUCGCAAGUCUUGUCUCUGUUGUCCUGAGAACGACAAGUGGUGUUAGGUAUGCUCCGUGGAAUGUACGAUCCUUUUGUAUUCUACAAUAUAAUGCAUACUGCUUGACGCAGGCCUUGUAACGUUUUAUCACUGCAGUAUAAUUGUGGUAUACAAAACUCCUACAAGUAUACUAGUAUACAGCAUCACUAUCAGUCCCUUGGGGAGAAUACGCAUGACAGUGUAACGACCCGACCCGGGUAACGGCUAAGAUCUACUCUGCACGUUGAGUAAAUCACACCUACUAAAUAACUCUCUUGCGCUUUCGUCCUCGCUUCGCGCAAAAGGUUGCAACCGGAGUUAUUCAACUACCCUGGGCCAGUAGCUGCUACACAGCAACUCCGAAUUUGGCCCGGCCCACUCUCCCGUGGGCUGUUACAAUCAUCCCCCCUUAGGUCCCCCCUUAGGACUCGACGUCCCCGUCGAGUACCAGACCAACCUAAAUACCACCAAGAUCUACUCUCUUGGCCACGUCCCAUACGUCUAGUGCUAACGGUCCCAUAUACCACGUCCGUGCAUCCAGUGCCAACGGUCCCUGUGCCACGUCCGUGCGUCCAGUGCCGGCGCACACGCGCCCGCCCACAUGCCGGUGGCAUCUGCGACCACGCGCCCGUGCUCAUGCCCGCGCACUUAUGCCCGUAUGUGGCGUGAAACCGCGAGAGUCGGCUCUGAUACCACUGUAACGACCCGACUCACACUUGCUAAAUAACUCUCUUGCGCUUUCGUCCUCGCUUCGCGCAAAAGUUGCAACCGGAGUUAUUCAACUACCCUGGGCCUGGUAUUUAAGCUGGUCUGGACUCAACUCAACUUCCAGUACGGGACUAAAUUCGCGCCGCUACAGUAGCUGCUAUACAGUAACUCCGAAUUUGGCCGUCCCACUCUCCCGUGGGCUGUUACAGACAGCAGAGUGGCUUGCGUGUGCCCGCCUUCCACACGCAUCCGUUGGGGCUGCAAGUGGAUGCUGUUCAGCCCUGUUAACUGUUCUCUUCUCAACUUCUCAGAGAACGCUCGCUAGUUCAAAACAAAACGUGGUGGCCCCACGAGCCAAUCAGCCUGAACCGCCAAUGGCCGGGCGUGCCGUACUAUAUUGCUAGGUUGGUGAGACCUCAGCUUCGAUCAUACUGUAUGAAUGUAUGAUGAAGCAGGCAUGCCAUGGACGCCACCAAACCAAGGUGCGAGCUCCAUGCCGCCCUCCAUCAGGUCGCCAGUAACCGACAGAGAAUCCUGCCGCCGGCGGCCUCCCUCCCUCUGCCUGCCAGCUGCUGCCAUCACGCAAACAGGCAAGCUGCAACCUUCUAGAUAGCGCCCUUCUCAUCCUUGCUCGGAGCGUGUAUGAUUGCUCUCGACCUGUGGCCGUUUUUCUAUUGAGUCCCGAGCUGUCAGUCCAAGGCCACGAGACGCAGAUCGAAUCGAUAUGUGAUUUUUAAUAGAGUUCGAAGCCGCCCCAGACUGCCACCUCAUGUUCCCCGGGCGUUGAAACAUCUCCUAUCACGCAUUCAAAAAGAAAACACAGAAAAAUACGGCAUCCAAUUAAUAACAAAAAAAUUCAGGAACACGACGCUGUCGCCGUCGCGUGGCGGAUGUGCCAAAUUCCCGUGUCCCCCGUCAUGCACGAACGUUUCAACCAACACCUCGCCACGACUAGUCGCCAAGUCGGCGGAGCACGGCGGUGCCGCUUUAUAAGCCGGCGCCCCGCGGUCGGGGACGGGGACACGUACUCUCGUCCCUCCUCCAUUUCUCACGGAGCAAACGCGCGCGCGAGCGCCGGCGCCAGCCAUGAAGAGCACCUCGUCGCACGCGCUCCACGGCGCGUCGCUCUGCACGCCGUACCUCCUCAUCGUGCCGCUCGGCCUGCUCGCCGUGCUGCUCGUGCUCCCGAGCCUCGGCUCCUCCAACGCCCGCUCCGACGGCCUCGGCGUGCUCUGCGGCGGCGCGGGCACCGACGACGGGUACUCCGUCUCGUCGGGGGCCGCCGAGAGCAAGGUGGGCGCCGUGGCGGCGCCGCCGCCGCGGCCGGCGGAGGCGGAUUUCAGCCUGCUCGUCGGCGUCCUGACCAUGCCGGGCCGGCGGGAGCGGCGGGACAUCGUGCGGAUGGCCUACGCGCUGCAGCCGGCGCCGCCGCCCGGCGUGGCGCGCGUGGACGUCCGCUUCGUGUUCUGCAACGUGACCGACCCGGUGGAGGCGGCGCUGGUGGCGGUGGAGGCCCGGCGGCACGGCGACAUCCUGGUGCUGGACUGCGCCGAGAACAUGAACGACGGCAAGACGCACGCGUACCUCUCCGCCGUGCCGCGCCUCUUCGCGUCGGCGCCCUACGACUACGUGAUGAAGACCGACGACGACACGUACCUGCGCGUGGCGGCGCUCGCCGAGGAGCUCCGUGGCAAGCCCCGCGACGACGUGUACCUCGGCCACGGCUUCGCCGUCGGCGACGACCCCAUGCCGUUCAUGCACGGGAUGGGGUACGUGGUGUCGUGGGACGUGGCGCGGUGGGUGUCCGGCAACCAGGAGAUCCUGCGCCACAACGACACGCACGGGCCCGAGGACCUGCUCGUCGGCAAGUGGCUCAACAUCGGCGGCAAGGGGAGGAACCGGUACAGCCUCAAGCCCCGGAUGUACGACCUCAACUGGUUCAUGGACAACUUCCGGCCGGACACCAUCGCCGUGCACAUGCUCAAGGACAACCGCCGCUGGGCGGCGGCGUUCAUGUACUUCAACGUCACCGCCGGGAUCGAGCGGCCCUCCGACCUGCACCAUCUGCCGUGACCGAGCAGCUAAGCAAGCUGUUUAAUUUUGUUCCAUUUUUGGUGUAUUUUCUGAGGUGACGUUGGUUGAUUGUACCAAAGGUGGCGCACGGAGUUCACAUUCAAUUCAUUUCGUGAGUAUUUGUUGUUAUUAUAUUGGUAAGUCUGAUUGGGCAUCGUCAACGCGCGCGGCCAAGCUGAGCAAUUAGCUCCAGGCUCUCCGAAGUGAAAAUGCCGUGUUGACACUGA